UGUGUUUGGAGUCUCAAUCUUGUGAACAAAAUGGAAUCAUCAUAUGAGGAUAUUCGACGUAAAACAAUGGAAGAGAAUAAAAAAAGGAUGGAGGCUCUCAAUCUAACUCAUCUCUCUCAAUCCCUUCACAAAUCUUCUUCCACCAUUUCAAAAACCUCACCGCAUUUCACGAAGGGUCGAUCGAGGCUUAUACUACCAGGAGAUCUUGAAGUAACCAAAAUGAAGCACUUGCGGAGACAUGGUUUACAACCAACGUUCCAAGUGAUAGAACCACUACCAUCUCCGAUAAAAACACCACCAACUGCAGUGCAACUGACAAAUCCACCACCUUCUCAAGCGACAACAUCGCUAGUUGUGCAAACGAUAGAACCACAUCUUUCUCCGGUGACAACAACACCAACUACUAUGCAAGCGGCAGAAGCAACACCUUCCCAAGUGACAACACCAAGAUCAGUGCAAGAGAUAUAAACAACACAUUUCCAAGAGACAUCCUCUCACUCUGAAGAUGUGGUAGAAGAUGAGCCAGAAAUUUCUCAAAAAAGGAAUUUUACAUUUUGGGAUGUAGAAGUCAUUAAUGAGGCGGGACAUAUUUCAAAGACACACUUAAGGGUAUCAGACGUGCUUGAAGCUCCUCCUAAUGUUAGCAGAAUAAUAACUAGAUGGAAUUCAAAUGGGCAACCGGUAGGAUCAGCUGCUGGUUUGUUAGGCGGUUUUUUGGGUGAAAUUGCAAGGAAGUUUAAGGAUUUUCCUAUAAUGUACGACAAUUGGAAACUAGUUCCAUCGACAAGAAAAAAUGAAAUUUUUAAGGAUAAAAUACAG